AUUUUUUGCUUGCUCUUUCGUCCACCCUUAGGCCCCUUCUUUGCGCCAAUGAAGGUUUUCAAAGAGCACAACUCUUGGCUAAAGAAGUACGAAGUUUGUCGAGAACCCUGAAACAUCCCAUCUAGAUCUUUGGGUGCAUAAAUUAAAUUUAGAUUCAGGGUUUGACACACUUCAUCUAGCUACGCAUUUCCUCGGGAAAUCUGAAACUUUUAACGGGUGGUGUUUAAUGCACAGAACCUUGGUAGAUACGAACAAUAAGCCAAUCUGUAACAGAUUGUGCUACCACUGAUGUAUUUACCACAUAUAUUAGGGACGAACACCCUCUGGAUUUGAUGGUGGUAACCAUGUCUGAAGUGGGGCCACGAACUCUCCACAGGAACAUCCUCACAGACUUCAACAAGACUUCCACCGGAAAGGUGUUUGAAAAGGACCUUCGAGACAUAUAUGCCAUGACUGUCAUCUGCCUCGACCUCAAGCCAAAGGAAAGCUUCAAGCUUAAGUUUUCUCUUGUCAAACAGUACCCGUAUGGCUUCUACCUUGAACAAGCUCUUGCAGCCAUGAAAGACUUGACCUUGAAGGUGGAACUCAACCAUACCACAACGUCCAUUUCCUACAACAUCCAGAACGACUUAGCGUUUGCAUUAUUGAAGAGGUUUUUCGAGGCGAAGCUUCUCCAUUCACCUGCCGAAAGAACCAGAUCCACCUUGAAGCCAAGUUUGGUUCUCCAGCCCACCCCAAAGGGAGUGGCAAUUGUGCAAGACUUUUGCACCAACAUAGGCAUUAAAAAAGACAAACUUCCAGAUAUAUUGAAUUCACCGUUCAAUAGCAUGGAUUUGUUCAAAUUUGAUCGAGCCCACUUGACUGACAAGAUCAUUUAUUCGGAGUACUUGUUGUACUUGCUAUUCAUAAAGUUGUUUUCUAGAAAGCCAAACGUAUGGACGCCAAAGAGUGGACCAGAUUCAAUCACGAUGAGAGAAAGGCUCGAUAGUGACCAAGGGACGGAUGAGUUCAAUUUUGAAGGUUUGACAGCUCCGUUGAGAGGCGGGUUUGAAGGACUAUCAACUACAACUGGUACAGAGAUCAAACACGAGCUGAUAGAAUCAGGUAGCAAUCAGCCACAACUCAUAAGUCCAUUCCACCACCGUUAUUUUACCAACCCAGAAUCAGACUCGCAUAUUCAGUACUACGUAUCCACAGCAGGCGUUCGACUCUUCAAAGACAAGGUCUUUAAAAUGGAAAACCAAGGCAUUCUGGUAAAUUAUUGCGUUAGUGGCAAGUCCAUAUGCCAAUGGCUUUAUGACUGUACAGAUAUCCUAUCAGCAUAUGACUGUAUCGAAAUUGGGAACCUUUUUGUGAAAUAUAAUCUUCUCACCCCGAUCCGGUUGCAACCAUCUAAAGCUUCUUCGAAAUUUGCACCCUAUAGAGACCAUUUCUAUUUAAUGAGUAACUUGGGCCAGAAAGUAUGUUACUGGAAUCAAAGAAACGGGGAAAGAGAGUCCAGUAGUGAUGAUCAAGAUAAACUUUCAGAAGAGAUAGGUGAAUUCUUUCAACAAGAGGAAGACGAUUGCUCCGAUACGUCUUCCGUCUUCAAUUUACGAGAUGUCCUUCACGAUCAUGGAUUACGAUAUCUCUUCAAGAAACAUCUUGAGAAUGAAUUUUGUUCAGAGAAUCUUGAUGCCUAUUUCCUUUUGAACCAAUUCGAAAAACGUAUUAAAAGGUUGGGCAAGGUUGUGAAGUAUAAAAAGACUGAUGAUAUGCGGGUCUAUGACAAGAUAUCGAAGUUUUCCAACCUGUGCUUGUCGUUGGCUUAUCAUAUUUUUUUCACUUACUUGAGCUAUGAAUCGCCAUUUGUAUUGAACAUUGACUAUCAAUUGAGGGAUGAAAUUAAUUGUAUUAUGAUUGAAUCAAAAGGAGCGAAGACUCCGACUGAUCAUGAUUCGAGAACUUCUAAAGAGGAGUCACCGAAGGACCAAGUAAAAAUCAAAGCAGUCAGUUUGGAUUUACCAUCCAGAAAAACUGUUGAACACCCCUCAUUUGGUGUUUCUUCGACUGUGUCAAUUGUUCCCCAGACUAUUACCGAUUCCAGAACAGCUCAGUCCCAAAAAAUUGUUUACACGCCAAUAGAUUCUAUCAAUACACCACUCGAGAAUGGUACCAAGAAGUCACUUAGAAAUCUUGCACGUAUUUCAAAGUGCUUUAGUGCUAUUUCAACCGAGAUUUAUAAACUCAUGGAAGCUGAUUCAUUCCCCAAGAUUGUGCAUAGCGAAUUGCUAAAGGAAGCAACAUCGACAAUCGAGAUUAGGAAAUCACACACUACAAUAUCUCAAUAGCUAUAAAUACAUAUUCGAU